AUGUCAAAUAGAGACUCCGAAGGAGAAGAAAAAGCUAGACAGCUCCAUUGCCGCCAGAGCCCCAAGUUGCUGGCCAAAGAAAUCGUGCGGGACCAGGACAUGAUGUUCGCCAAUCAGGACCCGAACAUCGCUGCUACAAUUGGGUCAUACGGAGGAAGGGACAUUACCUUCUCAAGCCAGGGGCCUUAUUGGAGGAAUCUCCGCAAGCUUUUUGUACGGCAGAUGAUGAGCAACACAAGCCUUGACGCCUGUUGCGGUUUGAGAAGGCAGGAGGUCAAAAAUGCUCUGAGUGAUCUGUACAAAAAAUCCGGGGUGCCAGUAGAUAUCGGCGAAUCGGCAGUUCUGAUCUUGAUUAACGUGAUUAUGGCAAUGCUAUGGGGAGGGACGCUUAAGCGAGAGAAAAGCGAAGCUGUGGGUGCGGAGUUUCGAGAGGUGGUGGCUAAACUCAUGGUGCUCGUAAGUAGUCCGAAUAUUUCGGACUUUGUCCUGGCACCUGCUUGGCUUAACAUGCAAGGAGUUGAAAGGGACAUGAAAAGGGUGCAUAUGUGGUUUGAUGAUUUUAUUCAGUCUGCUAUCGACUGUGUCACUGAAGGAAGAACAAAUGAACUAUUCAAGCGGAAGGACGGAGAACCUAAAAGCAAUGAACAGAAAAAGGACUUCUUGCAGAUUUUCCUGGACAUGGAGAUGGAUCUUGAAGAUAACCAGUCACCAAUGGAGAAAAACGGAGCCCUCAAAGCCAUUUUUAUUGACAUUGUGGUUGGUGGAACCGAUACGACUUCAACAACGGUUGAGUAG